GCAGAGUGCAGCCUCACCAGGCACACUCACAUGCAUCUGCUGUCAUCAGCCUCUUCAACAGAACUGCUUCCAGCUCCAUCACUGACAUCAAGAGUUUUCAGACAAGGAUCCACAGACAACAGAGAAAAGAAGAGAUUCUUCCAAGUGGUGUUUUGGAGGCAAAGAGCAUCAGAAACAUGUCUUUUGAAGUGAAGGAGAAGACGGAGGUGCGUCUGGUGUUUCUGGGAGCAGCUGGAGUGGGGAAGACAGCCCUCAUCCAACGCUUCCUUGAAGACACUUUUGAACCCAAGCACCGGCGCACAGUGGAGGAGCUCCACAGGAAGGAGUACGAGGUGGCAGGUGUUAAAGUCACCAUCAACAUUAUGGACACCAGCGGCAGCUACUCCUUCCCUGCCAUGCGAAAGCUCUCCAUCCAGAGCAGCGAUGCCUUCGCCCUGGUCUACGCUGUGGAUGACCCCGAAUCCCUGGAGGCUGUCAAGAGUCUGCGAGAGGAGAUCCUGGAGGUCAAAGAGGACAAGUACACACCUAUUGUGGUGAUAGGCAACAAGAUAGACCGUCACAACGAGCGCCAGGUGUCCAGCAAGGACGUGCUGUCCACAGUGGAGCUGGACUGGAACCACAGCUUCAUGGAGUCCUCUGCCAAAGACAACGUCAACGUGCUGGAGGCUUUCAGAGAGCUGCUCCAGCAAGCCAACCUGCCCAGUCGGCUGAGCCCAGCGCUGUGCCGCAGACGGGAGACGUUCCCCAAGGAGAGCAACAAACGACCUCCUAUGAACAAGGCCAACAGCUGCAUCAUCUCAUAAGGACAAGAACGCCCAAAGAGACUGAGAAAGAACUGCCCAAAAGAGACUGAAAGGGCUUCGUUGGUGUGGAGCUACACACUGAGAGACAGUGUUACAUGUGUCAAGACUCUAACUAAACACUGAGUCAGUAAAUGUUGUGUACUCAUCAGGCUUGAGAGCAUUGCAUCUAUCGCCACAACACUGGGGGUGCAGAGAUGCCACAGUGAGAUGGACAUGUCACCAUGAAAACACCUUUAAGACGUGAAAGAAUGUGGUUGAACAACUGUGUGUAAAAAAAAAACGGCAGUGCACAGACACUGCUAACUGUGAAUGUCAGAAAUGAUGGUGUAAAAAUUGUGCAGCUUUGUGUAUCAUACGCUCAAUUUUCCUUCAAAUGUAUAUCAUGUUUAAGUUUUUGUGUUGCUGGUGUUAAAAGAGCAAAUAACUGUGAAGUGUUUACAUGAGAGAUUUAUGAAGUGAACAACAGAAGUGGGGUUUAUAUUUUUGAUAGCAACACAUUAAGCAUUAUGUUGUGAAUUGUUGUGCAGCCUGUCCUGCAUCUAAGACAAUAAAAAAAAAACACACACA